CGGCGGGUUCGGCUGCGCAGCGGAGCUGGGUCGGCCGCGGCGGCCGGAGUGCGGGGAGUGGACACUUGGUUCCUGAAACCUCGACGCUGAAGACAGCCAGGCCUUGCACACAGCUCUCUGGACCACGGGGCCCAGAGCUGAUGGCAGACAAUGUCAGCCACUAACAACAUCGCCCAGGCCCGAAAACUGGUAGAGCAGCUCCGCAUCGAAGCCGGGAUCCAGCGUAUCAAGGUCUCCAAAGCCUCAUCGGAACUCAUGAGUUACUGUGAGCAGCAUGCCCGGAAUGAUCCCCUGCUGGUCGGAGUCCCUGCCUCUGAGAAUCCCUUCAAGGACAAGAAGCCUUGUGUCAUUCUAUAGCUUGGUUUUCUUCUGGCGUGCUCUCUCUCUCUCUCU